GGCAGGGAUCGCGCACAGGGCGGGAGGGGGAGGCAGUUCCAGCCCCCGGAGGAAGAGGAGGGGGCAGCAGUGUGAGAGGAAGGAGACGGGCCAGUGCGGGAGCAGCGCAUUCACACGGCAAGAGGAAUUGUUUGGCGGAUAGGGGAAAAGCCGCCUGGAACAGCGGAUACUUUGGUGAAGCAGCAGCCACCCCUGCCGGGAGCUCACAUUGGCCGGACCCACUGCCGGAACUUCCCUUUCUCCUGGCGCGAGACCUGUGGAUGUACAAGUUACCUGGAGGGAAGGACCUAUCAGCCUCCCCGGAUAGUUGUGUCUGUGAGACAGAGAGGGAGAGAGAAAGAGAGAGCAGGCACGGGGGGCAGUGGCCCCCUCUUCUCACUAACAUACACAUGGGGACCCCCUUUAGCUGCCCACGCCUUCUCAGGGGGUAGGGACCUGUCCCUGUAACCACUACUCCUCCAGAACAUCCUGAACUCCCUAUACACACACACUAUUGCUAUUCUCUAUCCCACAUACACACACUAUUGCUUUUCUCUACCCCAGAUAGACUCACCUCUGUCCUUACUCCCACACUCACUCCUAUCCCUGCACACUCAUAGCUAGAAGGGCUACUUUGUUUAUGGAAAGCUGCUGUACCACUUUAGGGGCCCUAAAGUUUAGCCAUAUCAAAGUGGCCCCAUACACCCCCCACAUCCCUACACUGACUCGAUAUCCUACAGGACUUACCCUUAGAUCAGCUCAGUAUCGGGGGCAGGCAAGGGGGACAUCACAUGGGAUACAGACCUUUUGCACCUGGAGAUAAAGAAGUGGCGAGAAGAGGCUGAAGGAUAAAAAGCCUGUUACCCUUGAAAACAAGCCAAGGAUUAUUGUACCCCAGAGCAGAAAUGUCUCCCCCGCAGGACGAGUACAUGGGCACCCGGUGGCAGACGCUGGAAGCCAUUCUACGAGACCCCCGCUCCCCUAUCAAUGUCGAGGGCUUGUUGGAUGGCCUUAACUCAAUCGUCCUGGACCUUGAUUUCCCUGCACUACGAAAGAACAAGAAUAUAGAUAACUUUUUAAAUAGAUAUGAAAAAAUUGUCAGGGAAGUCCGCAAGCUUCAGAUGAAAGCCGAAGACUAUGACGUUGUCAAAGUCAUUGGAAGAGGUGCCUUUGGGGAAGUCCAGUUGGUUCGCCACAAAAGUUCUCAGAAGGUUUACGCUAUGAAACUCCUCAGUAAAUUGGAAAUGAUCAAACGAUCUGACUCUGCCUUUUUUUGGGAAGAAAGAGAUAUCAUGGCCUUCGCUAAUAGCCCUUGGGUAGUUCAGCUCUCUUGUGCCUUUCAAGAUGAGAAGCACCUGUAUAUGGUGAUGGAGUACAUGCCAGGGGGCGACCUGGUAAAUCUUAUGAGUAAUUAUGACAUGCCUGAGAAAUGGGCUAAGUUCUACACAGCAGAGGUUGUCCUUGCUCUGAAUGCCAUUCACUCCAUGGGUUUGAUACACAGGGAUGUCAAACCUGACAACAUGCUCUUGGAUAAGUACGGGCACCUGAAGCUGGCAGACUUUGGCACGUGCAUGAAGAUGGACCAAACAGGCAUGGUGCGCUGUGAUACUGCUGUUGGGACCCCGGAUUACAUAUCUCCUGAAGUUCUGAAAUCUCAGGGAGGUGAUGGAUACUAUGGCAGGGAGUGUGACUGGUGGUCUGUGGGGGUCUUCCUAUUUGAGAUGCUGGUUGGGGACACCCCAUUUUAUGCUGAUUCUCUGGUUGGAACCUACAGUAAAAUUAUGGACCAUAAGAACUCACUAAAUUUCACUGAUGAUGUGGAGAUCUCCACGCACGCCAAGAACCUCAUCUGUGCCUUUUUGACUGACAGAGAGGUACGACUUGGCAGGAACGGAAUUGAAGACAUAAAGCAGCACCCUUUCUUCAAGAACGACCAGUGGAACUGGGACAACAUUCGGGAAACGGUUGCUCCUGUUGUGCCUGAGUUGACUAGUGACAUUGACACCAGUAAUUUUGACGACAUCGAAGAUGACAAGGGAGAUGUGGAAACCUUUCCUAUCCCGAAAGCCUUUGCAGGAAACCAAUUGCCUUUCGUAGGUUUCACCUACUACCGUGAAAAUCUAUUGUUAAGCGAGUCUUCCCAAAAUUGUAAGGCGAAAAAUUCCUCUGUCCAACCAAUGAAAGAGCAGUCAGCGCAUUUGCAAAAAGUCAUUAACAAGCUGGAGGAGCAGCUCCACAAUGAGAUGCAAACCAAAGAUGAGCUGGAGCAAAAAUUCAGAGCUGUAAAUUUACGUUUGGAGAAGAUCGUAAAGGAGCUGGAUGAAGAGGCAAAAGCUAGGAAGAGCAUAGAGUCGACAACCAGGCAGCUUGAGCGGGAGAAGGCUCUUCUGCAGCACAAGAGCACAGAGUACCAAAGAAAAGCCGAGAAUGAUGCUGACAAGAAGCGGAGCUUGGAAAAUGAAGUGAACAGUUUAAAGGAUCAACUUGAAGAUUUGAAAAGGAGAAACCAAAACUCCCAAAUAUCGAACGAGAAGAUGAAUCAGCUACAAAGACAGCUGGAUGAAGCCAAUGCGCAGCUCCGCACAGAGUCUGAUGCAGCUGCCCGGCUGAGGAAGACUCAGACUGAGAUGUCCAAGCAGAUACAGCAGCUAGAAACCAACAACCGUGAGCUUCAGGAUAAGACCUGCAUGUUGGAGAAUGCUAAGCUGAAACUAGAAAAGGAUUUUAUUAACCUGCAGUCUGCUUUGGAGUCAGAACGUAGGGACCGCAAUCAGGGGUCAGAAGUAAUAAGUGACCUUCAAGGGAGAAUAUGUGUCUUGGAAGAGGAACUAAAGAAAGGCAAAGAGCUGCUGGCAAGAGCAGAAGCAGAAAAGCAGAAAUUGCACGAAAGGCUAGCCAUUUUGGAGAAGGAAAAGAGCAAUAUGGAAAUAGAUAUGACCUACAAACUGAAAGCACUACAGCAAAGCGUUGAGAAAGAGGAAUCUGAACAUAAAGCCACAAAGGCCCGCCUGGCUGACAAGAACAAAAUCUACCAGUCCAUUGAGGAGACCAAAUCAGAAGCAAUGAAAGACAUGGAGAAGAAGCUGCAAGAGGAACGCAUUGCCAAGCAGAGGCUGGAGAAUAUCUUGCUGGAGACAGAAAAACAAUACUCCAUGUUGGACUGUGACCUCAAACAAGCCAAACAAAAGAUCAAUGAGUUGGAGGCAAUCAAAGACAAACUCAAUGAGGACGUUAAAAACUUAACGCUUAAAACUGAACAAGAGACACAAAAGCGCAGCCUGUCGCAGAACGAUCUGAAGAUGCAAAUGCAGCAAGUAAAUAGCCUGAAGAUGUCUGAGAAGCAGCUGAAGCAAGAGAUCAACCAUCUGACAGAGAUCAAACUGAACCUGGAAAAGCAGAACAACGAGUUGCGCAAAGAAAGAGUAGAUGCGGAUGGACAGAUGAAGGAGCUUCAAGACCAGUUGGAGGCUGAGCAGUAUUUCUCAACGCUGUACAAGACUCAGGUUCGGGAGCUGAAAGAGGAGUGUGAUGACAAGGGCAAACUGUGCAAAGAGGUUCAGCAAAAAGUUCAAGAGCUCCAGGAUGAGAGAGACUCACUGGCAGCUCAGCUGGAGAUCACAUUGACCAAGGCUGACUCCGAGCAACUGGCGCGUUCCAUCGCAGAGGAACAGUACUCCGACCUGGAGAAAGAGAAGAUCAUGAAAGAACUAGAGAUUAAGGAGAUGAUGGCACGGCACAAGCAGGAGCUGGCGGAAAAAUAUGCUACAAUUGGUUCUUUGGAGGAAGCUAACAAAACACUGACUAUCGAUGUGGGUAAUUUGGCUAAUGAGAAGGAGGACUUAAACAACAAGCUGAAAGAAUCCCAGGAACAAAUUCAGAAAUUGAAAGAGGAAGAAAGCAGCAUUGUUACCGUCAAGGCACAGUUUGAGAAGCAGCUGUUGACUGAGAGGACUUUGAAGACACAGGCUGUGAACAAGCUAGCUGAGAUCAUGAACCGCAAAUUACCCACAAAGCGAGGGCCGGACACAGACGUACGAAGAAAGGAAAAGGAGAACCGCAAACUGCAGUUGGACCUGAAAUCAGAGCGUGAGAACUUCUCCCAGCUUGUCAUCAAGUACCAGAGGGAGAUGAAUGACAUGCAGGCGCAAAUAGCAGAAGAGAGCCAAGUCCGAAUUGAACUGCAAAUGGCGCUAGAUAGCAAAGACAGUGACAUAGAGCAGCUCCGGUCGCAAAUGCAGUCUUUGAACCUCGGACUCGACAGCACAAGUAUCGGCAGUGGACACGGUGACACCGAUGCUGAAGAUGGCUUUCCAGAAUCCAGGUUGGAAGGAUGGUUGUCGCUUCCCUUGCGCAACGCCAAAAAGUUUGGUUGGAAUAAGAAGUAUGUAGUGGUGAGCAGCAGGAAGAUCUUGUUUUAUGACAGUGAGCAGGAUAAGGAGCUGUCAAACCCAUCCAUGGUGCUGGAUAUUGAUAAGUUGUUCCAUGUGCGACCUGUUACUCAGACAGAUGUAUAUCGAGCUGAUGCCAAAGAGAUUCCACGGAUAUUCCAGAUUCUAUACGCCAAUGAAGGAGAAAGCAAGAAAGAACAAGAGUUCCAAGUGGAUCCGCUAGAGAAGUCCAAUUACAUAUGUCACAAAGGACAUGAGUUUAUCCCCACUCUCUACCAUUUUCCCACUAGCUGUGACGCUUGUAUGAAGCCCCUGUGGCACAUGUUUAAACCCCCUGCUGCUCUGGAGUGCCGGCGCUGCCAUAUCAAGUGCCACAAGGAUCACAUGGACAAGAAAGAAGAGAUAAUAGCACCGUGCAAAGUAAACUAUGAUAUUUCCACUGCAAAGAACCUACUAUUAUUAGCCAACUCCACAGAAGAACAGCAGAAGUGGGUGAGUCGACUGGUGAAAAAGAUCCCCAAGAAGCCCCCAGCCUCUGACCCUCAAGCCCGGUCCUCUCCACGGCCUCCUGCUAAGGCUCCGCUAAACCAAUCCAUGAGGCGGCCAAGCCGACAGCUUCCUUCUAAUAAACCCAGCUAACCUUGCGUGAAUGCAGUCCCCGUUUCAAGACGUUCGUUUCUUCCAGCUUAAAUAAGACUGAAAGCCUUCAACAAAUAGUGUCUAUUAAAGAAAAAAAAACUAAAUAUAUAUAUUUUUUUUCCUAAGAAACUGUGCUAUAUAUAAAACAAAGGUU